AUGGCCACGCAGGCGGAUCGGGCUGGCUCAGCGGCUUCCAUCGCUCCCCUACCCCACUUCCCAGCAAUCUCUUCGAUCCGGCCUCUCCGACCGCCCCAGUCUGCGACACAGCCUGCUCCUUUACGAGCCAAGCGGAUGGAAGAACGGGGAGGAAUGGGACGGGACGAGUUGCUUGAAGCGGUUCUUGAGAAUCGGAGGAAACACGGCUGUUUGAGGGAGGUGCAGGCUCCGUACGCGGGUCAGGCGGCGCAAGGAGAUGCAGAAGAUGUACGAGGGUACACUGAGGACCAGCAGGGAAACGAAGGAGUCGUCGGGACUUGGAGAGAGGACGACCAACCCGCCGAGAUCCUUCGCGACAACGCCCAACCCUCCAGCUCCUCGCCCACGCUCGUCCCCUCCGGCGCAGUUAACCUAACCCGCAUGACCUCAACCCGUCGAUACAUGGCCGAACUCGAACCAGACGAGCAGGACGAGGCGGAUCACCGGUCGACCUGGCAUUCGGCUUGGGGGAGUGAGGCGCGCGAUUCGGUGGCGAGUCUUGAGCCGAUGAAGCGGAGACCUGACGCGAUGGGUGUCAAGGGGAGGCUGUUGGGCGAGGGGAGGAGGGAGAGCAGCAUGACGGUUGCCAGCGUCGAUGGGGACCCUUUCUCGUUCUCGGCAUACACCGGCAUUCCUUCACCUCGAGACGGCGCCUUCACACAGCGCGCCUCUGCGUCCAUCCCCUCUACUUCCACGAGCUCCCGUUCUUCCCGCUCACAUCCACCUCCCACUCUCUCGCCUUCGCCUCCGACGCCCGACUCUCCUGCAACGCCAAUCGUGCGGAUAGGCCCGCCUUCACCGACCACGGAGGCAUUCCUGCAGAACCCGCACGAUUCGGCGAUGUGGUCGGAAGUUCUUCCUCCCAGCGAGCCUAUACGACCAGCACCCGUCGCUGAAGCGUCAAAGCCUAUUCUCGAGCCGUCACUCAGCUCGAGUCAAGGGCGUAUUCGCUCACAAACCUUCUCUUCGACGCCCAAAAACUUCUCCCGCCCGUUCGUUCCGCCCACCCCAGCGAGUCCUUCCUACGCACAACCGUCCUCUCCACGCCGCCUAGACCCGAUCGACGCGCACAUCUCCGCUCGUCGACCCUCCUCUCCUUCACGAACAGACACGCUCGACUCGGCUCAUCCCUCUCCGAUCGACCGUUCUUCUUCGCUCGGCCACGCCUCGUCCGUCGCUGCCUCUCUCGAGCGGUUCUCGUCCAUCGGUCACUCAAGUCAGACGAGUCAUGGGACGUAUGCGAUGAUUUGGGUCGAUGAGGGAAAGAGAGCGAGGGGGUUGGAGGAGGAGGCCAGGAGGGCGAUUGCGCUUGCGAGGGGGAAGAGUCUGCGAGAUGUGGCGGACCGACGGUACGAGGAGAACGAAUCUGUGCUUGGGAUGGAGGAGUUGCGGACCGACGUCGGCGAAGAUGCAUAUGGCGGAGAAGAGAUGGAGAAGCCGGUUGGGCCUGUUUCGACGGGUGCGGUGGCUUCAGGCACGGUGGCGGAGUCGAAGCUUUCCCCGCCCCCUCCUCCCUCAGCAUACUCGGUCUCGGAGUACGACGACUCGGCUGCUCAAUCCGCCGUCUACUCCGCCGACGAAUACCUCGAGCCGCCUUCGCCUUUUACCGGCUCGCGACCACCUCCUUCGCCUCCCGUCCCUCCCGCCUUCCAGCUCUCACCCUCGUCGCCACUCGACCCGCAUGGCUUCGCUCGCUCGCCCUUCUCGCCUUCUUCCUCCUCACUUCCGCCCUCUUCUCCUUCUCAGCUAUCGUCCGCGCCGUCUUCCGCAGCGCCUCGACGACGCAAUGUCCUGCGCAAACCUCGUCCGCCACACUCGUCGACCGAGUCAGCCGCGAUGGCGCGCUCGGUCUCGGACACCUCCUCCGGACCGUCCGAAUCGUCGCGAACCGGCCGGGGGGAGAAGAAGCCUGGUGUGUGGUCGAGGAUCCGGUCGAAGUCCAAGAGUCGCACCCGCGAGACGUCGGAUCAAGGUCUGUGGGCCGCCGAACGACCGCCUCUUCCCUCUCACCCAACUUCAGCGACUGCUCCGCCGACGCUUCUCUCGCAGUCUCUUCCGCCCUCUUCAGCACCUCCAGCAUUCGGCUCACGGUACAAUCCUUCGCCGACUCCGACUUCCGCCUCGGUUCCAACAAUGCCUCACUCCGCCUCCCUCUCGCCGUCCUCGCACUUAUCCCCUCUCCCGCCUCACUCGCCCGCGCCGUUAUCCGCGCCGCUCUCGCAAGCCGAAUUUGCGCGACUAGCGGCUUCGCGUCCUGCUUUCGCCCGCGGAAGGUCAGAUCUCUCGUCUCGCAGUGGGGGAGCCGGUGUACUCAAGAACGUCCAAGGAGCGCGGAUCGUCCAGCCGAGGAUGGUGACGGGCGAAGUCGGUGCGCGGGGUGUGAUCGUCCGGCAUGGACUUGCGAACGGCGGAAGUGUCGGCAACGAUGAUGUCGAGCGUCUGAGCGAGAUGAUGGGGCGGUCAAUGAGUGACCAGGGACACUACCAGCAUCUGAAGCAGCAGCCGUCCAUUCAGUCGCUCUACUCGGACAACUACUCCUUCUACUCCCUCCCGCCUUCACACGACGCCUCGCCCACUACUCCAACCGGUCCGAUCUCCUCACCGUUGUCGGCGCUCGUCCAGCAACACUCGCGAGGCGUCUCGACGCAGUCGUCGUUGUCGACGUUGCAGAAGCUUGACUUGGCGACGAAGGGGAAGAGACCGAGCAUUGUUGGGCGGACGCCGAGCGGGAAGGAGGUCAGGAGGGAGCCGGUGACGCCCGACGACUUCUUGCAACUCGGCAUCGACUUGCACGAGCAGGGCGAGCUUGAGCGGGCGGCGUGGUCUUUCGAGCAGAGCGCGAAGAAGGACGGCGGAUGCGGAGCAGGGAUGCUCAUGUACGGCCUCACGCUCCGCCACGGCUGGGGCUGCCAAGUCAACGCCCCGCUCGGCUUCCGCUACAUCCAGUCAGCCGCUGAGUCAGUGGUCCACGACCUUGACCGCGUCGUUUUCGGCGGGCGGAGCUUGUCCGAGGCUGAAGCGAACACCAAGGCUGCCAGGAACGAGCUCGUGUUGGCGCUGUACGAGAUGGGCCAGAGUUACCGCUUCGGACUCGGCGUCGAGAAGAACAAGAAGAUGGCCGUCUCCUACUUCAAGCUCGCCGCCGACCUCGGCGACAUCGACGCGCAACAAGACGUCGCCUUCUGUUUCUCCAACGGCAAAGGCUGCGAGAAGGACAAGAAGCUCGCGGCGCAUUACUACCGGCUUGCGAUCGCACAGGGUGCGAGCGACUUUGGGCUGAGUUGGGUGUACAAGGAGAAGUAUCUGGAGGGCGAGGGGGAGAAGAAGGGCAAGAAGGGGAAGGGGAAGUGA